UGGCAGGGACAAAGGGAGGGAGUAUAAAAGGCCAGCUUCAGGGAGGGGGGUGUCAGGCCAAGGAGAAUUUUGGAUAACACACAGGAUCAUUUCUAAGCUUGCAGACUUUUGUCUCCUCAGACCAUGACGGACUAUGAUAUGGUUCUCAAGCACUGGGGUCCAGUGGAAGCGGAUUACAACGCCCACGGGAAUAUGGUUCUGACUCGCCUAUUCCAUGAGCACCCAGAUACCCAAAAGCUGUUCCCGAAGUUUGUUGGCAUUGCUAAGGGGGACCUGGCCAGUAACACCGCCGUUUCUGCCCAUGGUGCUACUGUGCUGAAGAAGCUCGGUGAGCUGCUAAAGGCCAAAGGCAACCAUGCCGCCAUCCUCAAACCUUUGGCCAACACCCACGCCACCAAGCACAAGAUCCCAAUCAAUAACUUCAGGCUGAUUACAGAGGUGAUCGCUAAAAUCAUGGGGGAGAAGGCCGGCCUGGACGCUGCCGGCCAGCAGGCCCUGAGGAACGUGAUGGCCGUUGUCAUCGCUGACAUCGACACCACUUACAAAGAGCUGGGCUUUUCUGGUUAAAUACUGUGGUUCCAAGGCCUGGUUUUAACAAUCAGAGAAUCUUCUACUUGCAAGCUCUUUACUGUUUUGACAUAAGCUCCUCUUGGUUUUGUAAGAAGACAGUUGGUAAUAUUAACCUUACCCUUUGAAACUGCAUUUUAAGCCCAAGAGACGCGCUUUGAUUUUAAUUGAUUGCAUAUUUUCAUAAAAUACGUCUAAAUUCUUGGAAACAGUUUUGAUGUACUGCUGAUCAUUGUCUCAUGUAACCAAUAAAAACGCUCUGCUGCUCCUUACUGCUCAUU